UUCCCGCCAAUUCUUGUGGCACUCCAGCCCGGGUCUAGUUCCGCGCUCAAUGGAAACGUUUGACCCCACCGAGCUGCCCGAGCUGCUUAAACUUUAUUACCGGAGGCUCUUUCCCUACGCCCAGUACUAUCGCUGGCUCAACUACGGCGGAGUGAUAAAGAAUUACUUUCAACACCGUGAAUUUUCAUUCACAUUGAAAGAUGAUAUUUACAUUCGCUACCAAUCCUUCAACAACCAAAGUGAUCUGGAAAAGGAGAUGCAGAAAAUGAAUCCAUACAAGAUUGAUAUAGGCGCGGUAUAUUCCCACAGACCCAAUCAACACAAUACAGUGAAGCUGGGAGCUUUCCAGGCUCAGGAAAAAGAACUGGUGUUUGACAUUGACAUGACAGACUAUGAUGAUGUGAGGAGGUGUUGUAGUUCUGCAGACAUAUGCUCUAAGUGCUGGACCCUCAUGACAAUGGCCAUACGCAUCAUCGACCGAGCAUUGAAAGAGGACUUUGGAUUUAAGCAUCGUCUCUGGGUAUAUUCUGGAAGGAGAGGUGUUCAUUGUUGGGUCUGUGAUGAAUCAGUUAGAAAACUGUCCUCUGCAGUGCGUUCUGGGAUAGUUGAGUAUUUGAGUCUUGUAAAGGGUGGUCAAGACGUUAAAAAGAAAGUUCACCUAAGUGAAAGAAUUCACCCUUUUGUCAGAAGAUCUAUAAACAUAAUUAAAAACUACUUUGAAAAAUAUGCCUUGGUUGAUCAAGAUAUUCUUGAAAAUAAAGAAAGCUGGGAUAAGAUUUUAGCCCUUGUUCCUGAAACAGUUCAUGAUGAACUUCAACAAAACUUCCAAAAGUCUCAUAGUUCACUUCAGCGUUGGGAGCAUUUGAAGAAAGCAGCCAUCAAAUGUCAGAAUAACAUCAAAAAUGACAAAUGUGGACCCUGGCUGGAGUGGGAGAUUAUGCUCCAGUACUGUUUUCCACGGCUGGAUAUCAAUGUUAGCAAAGGAAUCAAUCAUUUACUGAAGAGUCCUUUUAGUGUUCAUCCUAAAACAGGUCGCAUUUCUGUGCCUAUUGAUUUGCAGAAAGUAGAUCAGUUUGAUCCAUUUACUGUUCCAACCAUAAGCUUCAUCUGCCAUGAAUUGGAUGCCAAUUCCACUAAUGAAGAGGAAAAAGAAGGGAAUGAAGCAGAAUCUGAUAUCAAACAUAGAACCAGAGAUUAUAAGAAGACCAGUCUAGCACCUUAUGUGAAAGUUUUUGAACAGUUUCUUGAAAACCUGGACAAAUCCCGAAAAGGAGAACUUCUUAAGAAAAGUGAUUUACAAAAAGAUUUCUGAAGAUAACAACUGCCUUCAAACCAAUGUGGAUAUCUUCUACCUUUAAUCAAGGAUCAAAUACUUCUAGAACCACUUAAUAUAUCAGAACCAUG